AUGAUAAAUAUACACUUUACACUUAAAACUAAUUGGUCUUCAGCGAAAUAUUUGAAAAUUUUGAUUUGUAAUGUGUAUUAAUUAUUAUAAAGUAUUGAAUAUUUUUCUGUGUUAAUAGUACCAAUACAAAAAUUAAAGAAAUGGAAAAAAAAUGCAAAAAAUGACUGCGAUGGCCGGGAAUCGAACCCGGAUCAACUGCUUGGAAGGCAACUAUGCUGACCAUUACACCACCAUCGCAAGUUAUUUACCUUUUUAAAAGAUACUAUAUAUAAGCAACGGAACUCUGUUUUUGCAAAGUUUGUGUUUUCAAAUACCGCGUGAUAAGACAUGUUCAGAGAAUUGUCAGAAUUCGUUAUCUGAUUGACGUUCAACAGUAGUUACAGUACUAUUCACACCAUUUAUUUUAUAUUUUAUUAGUUAAAUCCAUCUUAAAUCAUGGUUAAAUUUUAAAUAUUAUAAACUAUUCAAUAAAAUGUAUUUCGGCAUGUGUCCUGGUUAAUGUUAAUCCAUUUACUGAGAGCGACUCAAAACGACUUGUUUUUUUAUUUUAUCGUUCAUACGAAUUUAUUUAAAAUCACGAUGACUGCGAACCCGGGACCGGCACAUUCAACGUCGGAUGCCCCAUUCCGUUUGACCGACUCGGAAACGAAUCCAAUGUGCAUAUAUCUAGUGAAAAACGAUAGCAAGGGCGACAAAUUGUUGUUCCGUUAUCCGUUCCACAGUUUUCGAGGACCCGUCAAGGUGAGUCUGAACGAUCACAAACGGUCUUUGCACAAAGACGCGGGACUGGAAAAGACUGUUCGACCGCACGAUCUCACCAUCUUUACGGACGACGUCAUAUCUAGUCUGUUCGCCGUCAAGAUGGAGCUGUGCGACCGCAAGUUUGAGCUGAAAGUGAACAACGUUCGAUUCGUUGGUCAUCCAAUGCAGCUGCAGACAGGUGGUAGCGAGAGUAGUGGCGGCGGUGGUGAAGGCGGCAACAAAAAACCGCAGAGCCCAUCGAUCAUAAUGAUCAACAUUGUUUUUGCGUUGGACGCAUUUGCCCGCCGUCAGAUAUCUAACUGUUACUACGACCUGAGUAAAAUAUUGGGUGUUGCUCUGCGACACGAAGAAAAGCGUUGUGCGUAUCUAUCCUCACAAAUAAAAGAUAUGCUCUACAUACAUGAUACCAUGGCAAAUGAAUGUGACCUAGACUCAUCUAUUGAUAAUAAUAAACAUUUUGAAAAAAUCCUUGAAAACAGUACAUUAGCACUGGAUUUGAAAUCGGUGUUUGAAGGUGUAGUUACGAAUGGUUUGAUCAAAUUAAAAGUGAAUGACUGGGUGGAUGUCAGCUUCUGUUUGCCACACAAGGUUCAUCAUUUCUAUAGAGAUGGACAAUACUUUGAACCGGAAUCUAUUAACAAGUGUUUAAAAGGACUUAGACCAUAUCAUGGUUUGCUGUUAAUGGCUGAACGUAAGGUUCUGCUGGACAACUUGCCACAAGAUUCUAGUCCAUCAAUUGUUCGACUAAUCAAUAUGUAUAACCCAGUCAAAAGUUUAGAAACCUUAUCUGCUGACUCUGAUCUUACCUUGGCUCAGGUAUUUAAUAUAGCUGGACAUUUGAUUUAUUGGGGUGAUGCAAUUGUAAUAUUUCCAUUGUCUGAAACAAACAUGUAUGCCAUUGCUCCUAAUGUCCCAACUGAACGCAACAAUAAAUUUGCCAAAAAAUUUGAAAAGAGGUUUCCCGGACAAAAAUUAUUAGAGGUAAUGAGUGAAUUUUCCUUUCCAACAUCAUUGCAGUAUAAAAUGUGUCCUAUUGAAGAUAAAAGUAGUGGCUCAACAACGAUUCAAAUUUUAAUUUGGUUGUUACAGCAUAAAAUGUUAUUACAAUAUCAUACAUAUGUGUAUUUUAUGCCAUCCAGUAAAGGACUUGGUUAUUAUAAUGAUGAAUCAGAAUUUCAUGACUAUAAUAAUAAACAUCCUUCUGAAGCGCCAAUGACUACAUAUCAGACCCUAUCGGAAAAUUGGCUUCAGUUGUCAUCAGGGGGAUACAGUUCUUCCAUGUCAAGCGCUGAAGAAAUGUUUCACAGUUUAGAUGAAGACGAGCAAAUAGCAUUGAUGCAUAUACCUGCAUCAGCAAAUCCUGAUGAUUUUCGUUUAUUGAUGCGAUUAUUAAAACAAGGUUAUCUUUCUGGAGAACAUCAUUUAGAAGAGAUAAUGUAUUUAGAGAAUAUAAGGCGAUCAGAAUUACUAAAAUUAUUAGACAAAUUCAAAGAUGUACUGGUAACUGUUGAAAUGGAAGAUCCAAUAAUCAGUAAUUUUUAUUCUCAUUAAAGGUAUGAAUAUGUUUAAAGUUUUGAAUUAUAUUUAGUUGUAUAAAAUCAGGAAUAUAAAAAUAAAAUGUCUUCCAGUUAAAAUUUUUUUUGUAUAUUAAAUAUUAGUAUAGGUUUGACGGUUGAACAAUUUUUAUAUUUUUAUAAAAUAUUACAAAUAAUAAUGUACCAUUUUUUUUACAAAAAUGUUUAUAUAAAUAUAUUUCAACAGAAAUUUUUUGACAAAUUUGGUGCCUAUUGGUUUAAUUAUUUAAUAUUUUAAUUUUUUACCUCUCCUAUUAUGUUUACAAGAUAAUAAAGAUAAAUUUAGAUACAAGUUAAUUGGAGCAGCGACUGAUUACAUUUACAUUUACUUGAAAAGUACCUAAGUUCUAGAGCUUCAAUUUUAAUAUUGGGGAAAUUUGGGUUGAGUUGGUUAGGUAUUUGAUAUUUUGGUUGGGUAAUAAAGUAUGUGUCUAUGUGUGGUAAAUCAUUAAAAUGUACUUUAGAUCUAUGACUCAAUUAGAAUUGAUAUAUAGAUUCUAUAAAUGUCUUAUAUAUGUUUAUAAGAAUAUUGUAUCACUCCGCUUUAAAUUUAGAACGAAAAUUUUUUUUUUUAUAUACAUUCCAUUAUUUUAAAGUUUUAAACAUUAUUUUUUUUUCAUUGUAAAUAAUUUAAGAAUAAAAAAUUUUUAUUUUUGUUCGGCC